AUUGGCCCCGAUAGUUCCGACGACAACGUUGAUGACAUGGGUGGUAGAAGAACCGGCGCACGAAAUGUGUCAAGCCGCAGUGCACGGAAGAUCAGCGGAACUGCGGGUGCUUGCACCACUGAUCGUGCUUCAACAGCGACAUCUGUUGGUCCUAUGAUUCCAGGCGACGCAGGCGACAAAGACCGAGCUGGCACCGAGACAUUGGAAGAUAUUAUGGCCUUACCUUUUCGACUUCCGGCUCAGCGCCCUUGCAGUGAUGCGCUCUUCACGAUUUGCCGCAAGAGGCGCCAGGAGUAUCGCUACAGCCGCAUAGCGAACGCAUGCGUCGAAGCCGGCGCUGGGGACGCGGCUCGGCUGCAUGUGUGCAACCGCAGCCCCAACCGGUUUGCCUCUGUGCAAGUCUGCGAGAAGCGGUGCGUCUUCAGCGAGAGACCCAACGACUCCUGCAUGGAGCAGCCGCUCUUCGCAGCGUGUGCAAGGCAAGACGUGAAGAACGGAUGGUGGUUCUUCGACGGCAGGUCUUGCCUGCGUUGGGACUUCCCAAGGGGAGGGUGUCCGGCAAACACUGGCGUCGUGGCCGCCUUCGCGUCGGAGGCCGAUUGCGUUUCGCGGUGCACGAACCCACGCUAUCCGCCUUGUCGCAAGCCCGCUUCGGCUCCGUGCGGCGACGCGUUCCUGAAGUUCCCGGCGUUCGCCGACGUGUCGGCGGAGGAGGGCCGAGUGCGCUGUCGCACGACGCCGCCGGCAUCCCGGCCGCGGCGCUGUCUUGCCGGCUCGAACCGCUACCACUCCAAGGCCGCUUGUGAACAGUCUUGCGGGAGGCGCACUCGCUUGAACGCCACUACGACGCCGAACAGAAUCUGGAGGAGAAAGAGCUCUUCGGGAACGGUUUAGUCUCUUCACGUGUAAAGAAUUCGAUUUUGCAUUUCUACCGGAGACGAGGCUGUAGUGCCGAUCAUGCUUGCAGUCUUGGUUUGUAGAGAUUAGGUCUGAAUAGAACUUGGUGAUUUUUUUCUUCUAGAUAAUAAUAACGAUGCCUAGCAAUUUAUUGUGUGCGCGGCGUACAAUGCGGAACAAGGGUUGUAGUCGAAGCAACGUGUAUGGGAAAACUUUGUUGUAACCCGUCUGCCGCAAUGUUAGAGAUGUACCCAUGUGCGGAAAAGUAUUUUUUUUUUUACAUAAUGUGGCAAACUCGUCAAAAAAAUAUUACCUGUGAAUAUUCAAGCGGAUAGUUCGGUGUUUUGAUGGAGCUAAUAGAUAGGGAAAUUGUGAGAACAAUUGACAGUCCUAUAUAUAUGACUAUGAAAUGACAAUGGCGGUUUCUGCCAUUCCGUAACAUUUUUACAUGUGAAGCGUUAUUUGCUUUAAACACCUUUGAAAUUGUGGUGUGUCUGGCAUGUUUCGGUGCGUCGCAAGUCAGGAAACUGAGCAAGCAAUUAAAACACCGAAUAUAUUACUUGGGUAUCGUGAAAGCAAGAUGAAUCUAAUCAGUGAAGCCAACGGCGAUAAAUAGAACAUGAUCCCUUACGUACUACUUACAGCAACGUCGAUGAUACAGCGGGCGUCCUGCUAAUUUUAGUCAAACUUUAAUGGUACCCACGACUAAUUUUCAAACGUGCCCACUUUCCUGGCGCCCACCAGCUGAUGCUUUCAUACCGCAGAAGUUAAUUCAAGGAAUAUGUGGCAACUUUUAAGAUGUAAUUUUUCGAUCUGUACAAUCUUUUCUAAUUAUUGUGCAUGGACGCUGGCAACAGUGGUACAUGAGAUGGAUGUCGACAGCACACGACAGAAACAUGCUGAUCAAACGCUGCAAUAGCGGCCGUAAGAAAGCCUCAACAACGUUUUAUUAAUGUAGGGUACCGAUGUCACGGCCAUUAUUUGUCUUGCGAAAUUUCGUGCCGGCGAAAAAAAAAAGACAUGGUAGCUGUGACUUUGUUCUGGAUUGGCAGUUGCUUGCGCCGCAAUAGCCUACAAGGUCUGUUUCCCUUACUCCAACCGCGGCGGCGCUCCGUCAAUUAAUGGCUCCGCGUCCUUGCGCAUAGUCAGCGCCAGUUUACGGUUAAAGUAAGUCCGCAUUGCAAAUACGGACAUAAUUUGCAAUAUUAGGAAACAAACAUUCUUGUAAAUUUAUACACAUAUAGCAUCUGAAACUAACUAAGGCCCAUACAUUCCUUUCGAAUUGGACAAUUGUUUAGAGGGCCUGCAACACGUUUCGCCACAGUCAGACGGCGUCAUUCUUGCGUGAGCUUCAGUGCCAACUUAAAAAGACGAUUUCAUAUUUAGGG